AUGACGCGAAUAUCGCUUACCCUUCUUUUUCUCGCCGUUCUGGCAACGCUUGCCAGUGCAACGGUCCCCUCCUUCUGCAAGUGCACUUGCUUCCAGAACAGCACCAUCAUCCCGCUCGGCCCUCAACACGAUAACAACAACAAUAACAACAACCAACAACCGGCCCCUCCCCCGCCAUUAAACCCAACCAACCCCGACGGCAACGAAGACGUCGACGGCACCAAACCAGGCCAAAGAGGAACCCAAACCUCCCUCUUCCACCUCCUCGCUCCGCGUUCCUCCUCAACAUCAUGCAAGCAAUGCAACCGGGCCUUCUGCCUCAAGUACAACCUCCCGAUCUGCAAGGAUGCUGAAGAAAAGGACAUCAAGACAAGCUGUUUCCAGCGUGACAGUCCAAAGGACAGAGUCAUCGUGUGGGGCUUCAUCGUCGGCACAGCCGGGCUGCUGGGGUGGGCAGCACUGCGGCGAGUGAUU